AGCAGAAAGACGAACGCGAAAAAUGUACGUUUUUCGUCGGUCUUGUUUGCAAACAUUUUUUAAAAUUUCGACGUUUUUCUCGAUACGAUGCAAAAUUUUCCAUGUCCUCCAAAUCAUUUGAAAUUCUUUCAAGUGGAUAGGGAAAAUAUAUUGAAGAAUUAUGAUUUAUUUAAUAGUUUCCCUAUCCAUUCCGUACAUCUUCUAAUUCCUGCACCAAAAAGUUUCAUUGAGAAUUAUGAGGGAGUACUAAACUCGGAUGAUGCUAUUUAUUUUCUAGCAAAGCAAAUUACAGCUGCAUCUCUUAUUGAAGAAGUAUUUCUAAUGCAUUUUAUUAAAAAUGGUGUCCUCCAGGCUGUGCCACAUAAUAUUAGAGCUGAUAAUAAUUUUAUUUCUAUUACAAGCACUGGGAAACUCAUUUUAUCAUUAAGAAAAGACAUUGCUAGUUGCCUUUCUUUAACAAACGUACACUCUGGUAAACACAAGAAGAAUGUAAGGGAGGAUUUUCAAACAUGUGUAAUUGAAAUGAAAGAUUCAAAUUUUUUCCCUGGAAAGAAGUUGUAUAAAUCAGUUUUACAUGAGCUUACUAAAAUAGAUGAUCUUCGUUUUGAUUUACUUCUUAGUUGGAAAUCAAAUGGUGAUAUAUGUUCUCAGUCAUUAAAAAAGUAUUUUGAAAAUCAAGGUUAUGAAUGCAUUGCUUUUGAACCCACUUACAGACAGUCAUGUAAAAUUUCUGUCUCUGUGCCAAUAAUAAACUUUGAAUUAUUCGAACCAAGUGUAUUGGAAGAUGUAUUAGAAUGGAUUGGAGCACACAUUUGUGAAAUUGAUUUCCCUGAUGAUGCAGAUAGUUAUGUAAGCAAAUUUGCUGUCCCUAAACCAUCACAAUUAGUUGAUAGAUUAUUUACUGCAUCUUGGAGAGGUUUUUUCUCUGCUCAUCAAGUUUUCCGCCUUAUGGAGGAAAUGAGAAUUUGAGAACAUAAUUAUUUUUGAGGAAAAGGAAGUUAAAGAACCUGAUCAGUUUUAAAGUUAUGCAGAUGGUUAAAUCUCAUUCAAACUAUUACAAACAUCAUUGGAAAACUGAUUCCUAUGAGCUGCAGUUAGCAAUAGCGAGGAAAAAAAUAGAAAGCAUUCAAAGCAAUCUGGAAAGAAGGCUGUUGAAAAGUUUGAUAUGAGGUUGUUUUAAAGGCAGCUCAGACUUUGGUGAAUUUUCAAAGAUUAAUCAUA